AUGAGUGCGGGUUCGAUUUUAGUGAAACAUUUCCACGAUGUCUACGCGGAGCUGUCGCGAGAUGGCAGGCUGUCACUUUUUGACGAUGACCUGUCACUGAGGCCGAGAAAAACUAUUCAGGCAAGUAGUCGAGCAAAGAAUAAAAUAAGACUAUCUAGUGACUAUAGCGAAAAAUUGCUACUUCCCGUCUGUACAAUUAUGAGCGGCAAAAUAAAAACAAAAUGGUUUCUCUGCUACAACCAGAUAGAGAAGAAGUCAGUGAAAUGUUUAUUGUUUGAAAUCUGCUAUUCAGAUUGUGUAAUGGCUAAGAAGUUUUUCGACCGGACAGCCACCAGUCAAGAAAAUGAUCUGGAACAAAAGCGGCUGAGAAGCUUAUACUCCAGGAAACCUAACUACAACGACAAUGACGCUGCUGCUGCGGAUUUUUGA